CACGAAAAAUAUUAAUAUAAAAUAUUUAUUUUUAGAAAUAACAAACGAUUGGUCCGAUCACGCAAUUUGGUGGCCACAGAAAAAUCGAUGGCUAUCCAAUACAAGAUUAACCCUCAAUCAACUGGAAGUCCAAGCGGAUGCAAUCCUGCACUUUACAUCUAUGCACAAACAACUCACCGUACAAUUGCCGGACUUGCGAUACUUAAAUCUGCGCGUUGAUUUUUCAAUCAACACCUUCUCGACGGUAAUCAGCCUUUGCAAAGAUCUUAGCAUAAGAUACCCCGAAGAAUUAUCGUUGGCUAAACCGCUGGAGUCGAUUAACUUGAAGUACAACUUUAAACAUAUGCCCAAGAAAAAGGUGGAACAAAAUGGGGUACAACGCAAUGGGCACUUGCAGCCUGAUACAAACACAUUCAUUGGCAACCAUAGUCCGGAUGGUAGCACAGGUAGUUUAGAAAAGUCUGGAUUUUCGUGUACGCCGGUAACGCCGACAAGAUCACCACACUCUGCAGCGUCAAUGAGCACACCCAUGGGACAGAAUGGAACAUGGAAACGCAAUGGUUUUGGCAAUAACGUCAGUGGUUAUUCACCGAAUGUCAACAAUAGCGUGAGCCUGGAGGAGUUGAACGGCUCUUUAAAUCACUCGCUGGCUCAGAGUCCCACUUCCGUGACUCCCGAAUGCCGGCGGACGUUGGUGCGUCCGAAGACAUUAGUUGAACGCGCACGAAUGAAUGUGGCGUGGUUGGACUCCUCGCUGUCUAUCAUGGAGCAGGGUGUGAAGGAAGGUGAUACACUUUGCCUUCGUUUCAAGUUCUACUCGUUCUAUGAUUUGAAUCCCAAGUACGACGCCGUCCGGAUUAAUCAAAUUUACGAGCAGGCAAAGUGGCAAUUACUCAACGAGGAGAUUGACUGCACUGAAGAAGAAAUGUUGAUGUUUGCUGCGUUGCAAUUGCAGACGAACAUUCAGGCAAACGAGCCACAGCCCAACAUAGAGAAUGGGAAUUCACAUCUAGCAGACGACGAUGAUAUUGAUGCGGCGCUCACCGACCUUCAGACUACAUUGGAGGGAGUCAACGUUGACAGUAUACCCAACGAUAUCACCCAAGUGCCUGAACUAUACAACGAAAUGCGCUUUAUGAAGCCGAAAAAGUUCGGAUUCAACUCGUACAAGCGGCUAUUGUUUUCGUACAGGGAUUUGAAUUUAUACUUGUACAAGACCCGCGAGGAGAUGAUUCAUCGCUCUGCGCAUUACUAUUCGAUUUCGUUGCAAGGUUGCGAAGUUACACCAGAAGUGAACAUAAGUCAACGAAAAUACAUAAUUAAAUUAGAAGUUGCCGAAGCUGAUGGAAUGACUGAAAUGCGCAUUAAAUGCGACAAUGAGGAUCAAUAUGCUACAUGGAUGGCCGCGUGCAAACUAGCAGCGAAAGGCAGAUCACUCGCCGAUAGUUCAUACAAAUCUGAAGUCGAAUCGAUCAAGCAAUUGCUACAGCUUCAGAAACCAGGCGAUGCGCCUACGCUUACCCCUUCGGCCGUGAAUAUCAACCCCGAAGAUUAUGUUGCGCCAAGAUUUGUCAAGAAAUUAAAGGGCAAGCUUGUUCAAAGAAUAUUGGAAGCCAAUUCAAACGUAAAAGACCUGCCAUUAAUGGAAGCCAAACUUAAUUACAUUAAAGCAUGGCAGAGUCUUCCAGAAUAUGGUCUUACACUGUUUGUGGUCCAGUUUAUGGGGCAGAAAAAGGAGGAGCUUCUUGGUGUCGCCCACAAUCGCAUCAUGAAAAUGGACAUCAACACUGGAAUGCACAUUCACACAUGGAGAUACAGUUCGUUAAAAGCGUGGAAUGUAAAUUGGAAAGCAAAGCAUAUGAUGACGCAGUUUGAGGACACCAACAUUAUCUUCAGCUGCCUAUCGGCCGAUUGCAAAGUUGUGCAUGAGUUCAUCGGCGGUUACAUUUUCCUUUCAAUGCGUUCGAAGGAAGCCAGUCAGACGCUGAACGAAGAGUUGUUCCACAAACUCACGGGGGGCUGGACAUAACUUGAUUUUAUAAUGUUGAUUGAUCGAUGCCAAUAAUUUUGUGCCUUAAUAGCUAUAAUAUGUACUAAAUCUGAAUAACUUAAUUUACAAAUUUUAAAGUUAACAAGUACAACAGCAUGCUUGCUUACGCAUUCUCGUUCACACGCAAAUAUAUUGUAAAAGAAAUUAUACACUGUUUAUAAAGUUUUGACGAAUCAAAUUAUUCAAGCCAAUGAUUCAUGAAUUAUUUAAACAACGUUAUAUAUUUUUAAGAGUAUUUACAAAAUGUAUAUACAGUUAUUUAAUUAAGUAUUUUAUUGAAAUGCGCGGUCCGGGAUAUGUAUAUUAAAAGCAAAAUUGCUACUUUAACGUAUUUAUUACGCACACUAAAUAUUGUUUCUAAUAAAUCUAUGUAUUAUAUUGUAAAUGUGUCGGUUGUCGCCUGGCCGACUAGCGAUUGCUGCAAUCUGAAACCAACUAUUAUACCACUAGUUGCCUUCAAGAUAUGUACCUAAUAUUUGUAUUAGAAUUUAUAUAGAUUUGUGGUCUAACAAUGCCUAACAAUGAUUGUGGAAUGUUGCAAUGUUUAUUUUCAACAUUCCGCAAAAUGUUUUAUCGUAUUUAUAUCUGAACAUAUGAAAGAAAAUAACAUUCAUGUUUUAAAGAGUAAUCUAUGUAUUGAUAUUAAUCUUUAAUAGACAAAUAUAUUAACGGA